CAUCGCUAUUCCCUGUCUUUUUUAUCAGAUUACCAGCAUCCGACGACGCUGUCUCCAUCUCUACCUCUUGACAGUCCUCCAGGACCUCUUGGAAUACUUCCAGGACCACCAUCCCCAUUGUCAACUGGCGGUCAUCCCCCAUCUCCUCCUUCAUCGCCUUCUGAUGGGCAUCCGCCGUCUCCACCAUCUCAACCGACCUCUCCAUCCCCACCAUCUCAACCGUCCCCUCCAUCUCCAAUACCUGGCCAUGGUGCAUCGUUACCACCUACUACUUCUGACGAUGUAGAUGGUAAAACAUCAUCCGCCGUUGGUGGUUCUACUACAUCAACAACAGCUCCUUCCCCCACUGGGCCUUCUCCUGACUCGUUUUUCCUGAGUUCGUUAAGUCAUAGAUGCAGUACAGAUGUUGUCCCGGCCGACGGCUUUCUUGGACCCAGGUGGGAUGAAGAAGUCCGCCUUUUCCUAUAUCGCUGUUUCCGGAGCUAUGAUGACUUCCAUAAGUACACUUGCGUCAAUCGGUGUGGAGCGCAACAAAGAAACGUCUCAGUUACCCCACUUCCGGACAGUCAUUUACCCAGAUGCCAUUGCGACAAACUCUGUGACGAGUUCGGUGACUGUUGUUUUGACUUCGAUUCAUUAUGCAGAAAAUAUGUUAAUCCUCAGACCAGCCCUCUGAGUGUGAAUGAAACCUGCUUAGCACUCAAAACCCGCCCAAUCCAAGCAAAAUACACUGGCUACGCAGUUCGGAACAAGUGCCCACAAAACUGGACGGAAAAAAACGUGCGCCAAAAAUGCCAGGAUGAGGAUUACAGUAACUUUUUGAGGAAUUUACCGGUGUUCGACGAAGACAGUCUGGUGACGUAUAAAAAUGUGUUUUGUGCUAGAUGCAAUGGCGCCGUAAAUACAACGUAUUGGAAGUUACAAUUCGAUUGCGAAACUUGGUUUAAUGCGACAGAAUUCGAUUUAAGCAGUGGCAUGGUACUUUUCCAUCAAAACUGCUCAGUUGAUAAAACACCUAAACAAUAUCAACUUAACUAUUUAAGACGAUGCAUUCCUCGGUUCCAAGAUUGCCACAACAUCAGUCACGUUAAAAACGAGUCUUACUGCCAAACAGAUUGUUUGAGGUACGCUUUCCCAGUCUGUUUGGAUCGCGAAAAGAGACGAUUUCGAAACCCACAGUGUGCUCUGUGCAACGGUUUUAAGCCAAAUGAUCUGGAAACUGAAUGCCAAUCUGCUAGUGGUGGGGGAUCGCCUCCCCUCACUAUCCUCUUUGAUUUCAGUUCCACAUCUAAGUACAGUGUUGUAGUAGAAGAUAGGCAAAAGAAUGUGGUAAAGACAACGAAAAAAGAGUUGUCCUGUUCCCUUGACGAGGUGUAUGAUCCUUAUAUGGGGACCUGCAAAAAGAUUGUCUCGACUGAAUCACAAACUGCAGGUCAUGGGAAGGACAACAAAACCGAGGAGAACCGAGGAAACAGCACAGGAUUGCAUCCAAACUGUACUUUCACAGCAUUCAAUAACAAGGAUUAUGUGAAGCUAUCUAACGGAUCUGUCUACUUGAAACUUCAUAAGAAGAUGUACAGCAAUAUGACUUACUUGAUACGUGACAAGAUAUUACUGCUUUGCGUGAAUUUCUCAAGAAACCCAACAAGAUCUGGAUCAGAAAAAGAAAUCGACAAAUGCAAAAUCAUUAAAACACUAGCAUCUCUCCAACUUCUCACCUCAAUCGGCUGCAUAGUGUCGGUGGUUUCUCUUGUUCUUCUGCUGAUUACUUAUCUUGUAUUUGCUGAACUCCGCAACUUACCUGGGAAGAUCAUUAUCAACCUGACAUUCUCUCUGUUGCUGUACCAAAGUGUCUUCUUUUCAGCGAUUAAAAAUGACAGCCAAGAGUUGUGCUUGGCGGUUGCAGCUCUUCUUCAUUUCUUUGCUCUGUCCUCCUUCGCGUGGAUGAAUGUUAUGGCUUAUGACGUCCAUCGGAUAUUUACUACUUCAGGUGUGGCAAAUCGGUAUGAAAACUUGAACAAACGUCUCAUGAGGUAUGGUCUGUAUGCCUGGGGGUCUCCCAUCAUAGUCGUCCUGCUCUGUGUUUUAUUGGAUCAUAUCAGAAAGGGAUCUGUUGGCUAUGGUCAGGGAGAGGAAGAAUGUUUCAUAUCACAGCCUCAAGCUAUUCUUUAUUCAUUUGUUUUGCCUGUUGCGCUGGUGAUGAUCUUCAAUCUGUUUGCUUUAGGACACACUGCGAUUCAUAUCGUUAAAACACGAAAGAGAACGCAGGAAGUAACCAAUCAACAUCACGGUACCAGCGUACCUCUGAUUUGUGUUAAAAUGGCUUCAGUGAUGGGAGUCACAUGGAUUCUCGGGAUUGCUGCAAACUUGAAAGUUUUGUCAUUCUUAUGGUACCCGUAUGUGGUUCUAAACAGCCUUCAAGGCUUGUUUAUUUUCUUGUCAUUUGCUCUAAGUGGAAAGGCUCUAGAGUUGUACAGAAUGAAACAUACCGACAUGCGGAGGUAUCUGACAGCAGGGAAGGACGCAAAUCAUGCAAGAAAUGAUCGUGUACCAUCCACUUGUGAUACAAACAGUCCUGAUAAUGCUCAAGAUACGCGCUUGUGAAUCAUAGACAAGUGCUGUGUCGUUGGCAUCACAUGUGUUGUAUGUGACGAUAAACUAAUAGGGCGACCACGCAUCGUUUACAAGGGCCUUCAUGAUUGGCCAAAUGAAACAAUAGGUAUAAAACACAAACGAUGCCCCUAGCCCUAAAAACAAAAGAGGUGCAGAUAAACAAGAACGAAUCAAAAUAGAAGUUUUAAAGAGGUGCAGGUCAUCUGAACUAAUACAGCCCGUCAUUGACAAUAUAUGGUUGUACAUGAUCCGUACACGAGAUGCAAAAUAUAAGGUUGCAUGUAACUUUAUACACGAAUCUAUGUAAUAAAAGAAUUACGGAACCAUCCUUGCAAAAGAAGCAGCCAGGAACUAGUAGCCCAUAUUUCUUUAAUUUGACUCCGAAGGCCUCGUUAAAAUCCGCUGUCAGCUCUAACAAAUGUACAUGUAGGUGGCCGGUUCCCUGUUGAUCUUGCAAUUCUAUAUGGAAUAAAUUAGCACUUUUUAUAUUUUUUCAAGGAGAAAGUAGUUAGAUCAUGAAGUGUCACUGUUUUCUCCUUGAAAGCUAAGUA